UAGACUGUUCUCUCUGCUACCGCACGGCAAGCGGUACCGGAGCGCCAAGUCCGGGUCCAAGAGGCUUCUGAACAGCUUCUACCCCCAAUCCGUAUUUUCUUCAAACUGCAUUGUUGGUUAAGGGCUUGUACUUGAUGGGGGCAGACAGUGGGUCAGGGGCAGCCCCAGGCCCAGCAGUGCCCUGGAGGAAAGUUCUAUGGGAGCGUCAACCCUUCCCUGAUAACUAUGUGGACUGCCGCUUCCUGGAGGAGCUCAGGAGGAACGAGGGCCUCCGCCAGUAUCGCUACUGGGCCGUGGUGCAGGAGGCAGGACUGGUGGCUCAGCAGAUCUCCUGUGUGGCUCUUUUCCUCACUCUCUGGUUGUACAUGGAGCAGAGCCUGCUCUCCCCUUCCACGCUGCUGUGGACCGGCCUGCUCUGUGCCCUGCUGGGCUAUGGACUCUACCAAGCACUGGCUCCGCGGGGAGAUUCAGACAACCACCACCGUACACGUUGGUCUGACCUGCAGAGUGCCUCUAUCUUCCUCUCCUUCACUUUUGGGUUCUCUCCUGUCCUCAGGACUUUAACAGAGUCAGUUUGUACAGACACGGUGUACGCCAUGACAGCCCUGAUGCUGCUGGCCCACCUGGUGGCCUUCCCCUACGCCCAACCUUCUCCCCCUGGGAGCCUCUCUCUCAACGCUGCCCUGUUCGCCUCUGUCUGCCUGGCCUCGCGCCUCCCCGGGGACCUGCACACCUCCGGUGGCCUGGACUCUUCCUCCUCUCCCUCCUCUCCCUCCUCUCUUCAUACGUUCACCAUGCUCUGCUGGGCCCUGUUAGUGUUUGCCCUAUGGCCUUGCCUGCUGCAGCGGCUGAGGGAUUGUGCCCCGUGGGUGUUUGGGUGUGUGUGUGUGCUGGUGGGUGUGUGUGGGGUGGGGGGGCUGGGUUCUCUGUGGCCUGGGGGGGCUGUGCUGUUGGCUGCACUGUUGGGGACUGUGACCCUGCUGUGUCCUCUGCUGUUGAUCCGACUGCAGAGUGACAAAGAUAACAUCCAGGGACCCUGGGAUGAAGCCGAGAUACGAGAGGAUCUAACACACUUUCUACAUUGAUGGAUAAAGGAGGCAGAGGAUUGGGGGGCCAAGCCACACACACCGUUAUCCACUGAGGACGGUAAGGGUAUGUCCCUUACCAGUACCAGACUGGCAACCUUGAAAACACUUUAUAGAAAGCUGUUGCUCCUAUUUUAACAGAACAAUAGAGUUUCUCAGCAGGGAACUGAAGCUCUUUGCUGCCUACUGUAGACGCUUUGCUCAGACUCCACCACUUUUAUACAACUUCUAAACGUGUGUCUAGUAACCAAGGGCUCUGAGGCACGGUAGAUUGUGACCAUGUUGAAUGAAAUAGGAAGUAUUCAACCUGUAAUGAUUUUAACCUUUGUUGUACGGUCAGGUGUUAAAUGCAGUUUUGGAAAAAUAAAGAUAUUUUGUUCAUGAUCGUA